AUGGAGCCCGAGGCCAACUGUAUUCGGAACUAUUUGCCGCGCAGAUGUGGGGCGAGAGUUCCUCUAGUCAGCCAGUUGUCCAUAGGCCGCCUGCCAGCGGUGCGCCGCAGGAUCGCUGCCCUCUCGGUCGCCCAACCUGCGCUCCCCAGCGUCCUGGAGGUCCAGUUCCCCCAGCCGACGGCUGAGUAUGGCGAGGAGGGCAGGAAAAGAACGAAACCUUGCCGGGACCAAGGAGGGGGGCAACGAGCGAGAGGGAACAAAAAGCAGCUCCCGCAGCCGGGUUCUCGACUCCAGGGGAGCGGCAAACCCGCAAACCUGCAGGACCUCUUUGUCUGCGGCCGGCCCGUGACUGCAGCCUUGGCGGUGGCUGGUCGGUGCUGUGAGAAGAAGAGCUGUGGCAACCGGAAUGAGACUCCUUCAGAUCCAGUCAUCAUUGACAGAUUCUUUUUAAAAUUUUUCCUGAAGUGCAAUCAGAAUUGUUUGAAAACAGCAGGAAACCCCAGAGACAUGCGGCGCUUCCAGGUGGUGCUAUCAACAACGGUGAACGUGGAUGGCCACGUGCUGGCUGUUUCCGACAACAUGUUUGUUCACAACAAUUCUAAGCACGGGCGGAGAGCAAGGAGGCUGGACCCGUCUGAAGCUACACCCUGCAUCAAAGCUAUCAGCCCGAGUGAAGGCUGGACCACCGGUGGGGCCAUGGUGAUCAUCAUCGGGGACAAUUUCUUUGAUGGACUCCAAGUUGUAUUUGGGACCAUGCUCGUAUGGAGUGAGCUGAUAACACCUCAUGCCAUCAGAGUCCAGACUCCUCCUCGACACAUCCCUGGCGUGGUAGAAGUGACAUUAUCGUAUAAGUCAAAACAGUUCUGCAAAGGGGCCCCGGGAAGGUUCAUCUACACAGCAUUAAAUGAACCUACCAUAGACUAUGGCUUCCAGAGAUUGCAGAAAGUCAUCCCAAGGCAUCCCGGAGAUCCAGAAAGAUUAGCGAAGGAAAUGCUGUUGAAAAGAGCAGCUGAUUUAGUGGAAGCCCUUUAUGGAACACCGCACAAUAACCAGGACAUUAUUCUGAAGCGAGCUGCUGACAUUGCUGAGGCCCUCUACAGUGUCCCAAGAAAUCCCAGUCAGAUCCCUGCUCUGUCCAGCUCUCCAGCUCACAGUGGCAUGAUGGGUAUCAACUCAUAUGGCAGCCAGCUAGGUGUCAGCAUCUCAGAGUCCACACAGGGAAACAAUCAAGGUUAUAUCCGGAACACAAGCAGCAUCUCUCCCCGUGGCUACUCUUCCAGUUCCACACCCCAGCAAUCGAACUACAGCACAUCCAGCAACAGCAUGAAUGGCUACAGCAACGUGCCCAUGGCCAACCUGGGCGUGCCUGGCUCACCAGGCUUUUUAAAUGGCUCCCCCACAGGAUCCCCUUAUGGAAUCAUGUCUUCAAGUCCUACAGUUGGCUCCUCCAGUACCUCCUCCAUUCUCCCGUUCUCAUCUUCCGUCUUCCCAGCUGUCAAACAGAAGAGUGCCUUUGCUCCUGUCAUUAGACCCCAAGGCUCCCCUUCUCCAGCCUGCUCUAGUGGAAAUGGAAAUGGAUUCAGAGCCAUGACCGGCCUCGUCGUCCCCCCCAUGUAAAGAGGAGGAAGAGUUGCGUCUCAGAACACACAACUACUUCGCCUGAUGGACCACUAAUACAGAAAGCACUAAGAGCUCUUUGGGGGGUGUCACAGCCCCCGAAGGAAUACUCUGUAUGGAUUCGGAUAUGCAAGAAGCCUGCAUCUUACCUGGUCUCAUGUCUCUUCUGUAGCUGAGAGAAUGGCUGC